CUCCUGUGCGCACAGCUGGACGGUCGGCGCCGAGUGUGGAGCUCAGAUCCGGGGGCACGGCGGAGAUUACCGGGCACUAAGGCCUCUCAUAACCGUCUGGAGACCGGAGGACAUCGGUCACCGGAGAAGGAUCCCUGCGCGGCCGGAGCAGGAGAGGAGAGCGGCCGCGGUGGCUUCACACGCAGCAUGGAGGGUCCGGAGCGGGGGAGAGAGAACCGGGAGGGAGCCGAGCCCUGACCGCGAGGACCGGGACAGAUAACCGGGAGGGAGCCGAGCCCUGACCGCGAGGACCGGGACAGAUAACCGGGAGGGAGCCGAGCCCUGACCGCGAGGACCGGGACAGAUAACCGGGAGGGAGCCGAGCCCUGACCGCGAGGACCGGGACAGAUAACCGGGAGGGAGCCGAGCCCUGACCGCGAGGACCGGGACAGAUAACCGGGAUAGAGCCGAGCCCCGACCGCCACAACCGGGAGCGUCCUGAGCCGCCAGCCCCGCGAUGUGCAGCGGACACACACAGACAUGGGCGCCGUGCUGAGGAGCCUGCUGGUCUGCAGCCUGAGCUGCCUCCUGAGGGCAUCUCCCUUACUGCUUUAUGCCAACCGGCGUGACCUGCGGUUGGUGGAUGCGGCGGGGAUGAAGGGGAACUCCACCGUCCUGGUCACCGGCCUUGAGGACGCGGCCGCCGUGGAUUAUGUCUUUUUCCGUGGAUAUAUUUACUGGAGCGACGUCAGCGAAGAAGCCAUUAAAAGGAUUAACUUCAACAAGACGGAGAGCUCGCAGGACGUGGUGAUCGGCGGCCUGGUGUCGCCGGACGGAUUGGCCUGCGAUUGGUUAGGAGAGAAACUGUACUGGACGGACUCUGAGACCAACAGGAUAGAAGUGUCCAACCUGGACGGGACUCUGCGCAAAGUGCUGUUCUGGCAGGAGCUGGAUCAACCACGAGCGAUCGCCCUGGAUCCCGCCAGAGGCUAUAUGUACUGGACGGACUGGGGCGAAGUGCCAAAGAUAGAGCGUGCGGGAAUGGACGGCUCCCUGCGCUCCGUCAUCAUAGACUCCGACAUUUACUGGCCCAAUGGGCUGACGCUGGACUACGAGGAGCAGAAGCUUUACUGGGCCGACGCUAAACUCAGCUUCAUCCACAAGUCCAAUCUGGAUGGCACCUUUAGACAAACUGUGGUUAAGGGAUCCCUCCCGCACCCCUUCGCCCUCACUCUUUUUGGUGACACGAUAUACUGGACGGACUGGAACACGAGGUCGAUUCUGGCGUGUAACAAGUACACGGGGGAAGAGCGCCGGGAGGUGGACAGCAACAUCUUCUCCCCCAUGGACAUCCACGUCUUCAGCCAACUGAGGCAGCCAAAUGCUACAAAUCCAUGUGCAGGACACAAUGGCGGCUGCUCCCACCUCUGCCUCAUGUCACCGGUGAAACCAUUUUAUCAGUGCGCGUGUCCGACGGGAGUGAGACUCCAGGAUGAUGGGAAGACUUGUUUACAUGGUGCGACAGAGUUGCUGCUCUUGGCCCGGCGGACGGACCUUCGGAGAAUCUCCCUGGACACCCCGGACUUCACAGACAUUGUCCUCCCGCUGGACGACAUCCGCCACGCCAUCGCUAUAGACUACGACCCGGUGGACGGCUUCAUCUACUGGACGGACGACGAGGUGCGGGCCAUCCGCCGGGCGCAGAUAGACGGCUCCUCCAGUCAGUUCAUCGUCGUGUCCCAGGUAUCUCAUCCGGACGGUAUCGCCGUGGACUGGGUGGCGCGAAACCUGUACUGGACGGACACUGGGACGGACCGCAUCGAAGUGACGCGGCUGAACGGAACCAUGCGCAAGAUUCUGAUAUCCGAAGACCUGGACGAGCCCAGGGCCAUCGUGCUCGAUCCGACACACGGCUAUAUGUACUGGACGGACUGGGGGGAAAUGCCGAAAAUUGAGCGAGCGGCGAUGGACGGCACCGAUAGGGUGGUGCUGGUGAACACGUCUCUCGGGUGGCCGAAUGGUCUCGCACUGGACUACUCCGAAGGCAAAAUAUACUGGGGGGACGCCAAGACCGACAAAAUAGAGGUGAUCACCACGAACGGCACGGGUCGCCGGGUGCUGGUGGAGGACAAGCUCCCGCACAUCUUCGGCUUCACCCUACUGGGGGAUUACGUGUACUGGACGGACUGGCAGCGGCGCAGUAUCGAGCGCGUCCACAAGCACACGGGGGAGCGGGAGGUCAUCAUCGAUCAGCUGCCCGACCUGAUGGGACUGAAGGCCACAAAUAUUCACCGCAUGUCAGGGACCAACGCCUGCGCAGACAACAAUGGCGGCUGCAGUCACCUGUGCCUCUACCACCCCCAGGGGCUGCGCUGCGCCUGUCCCAUCGGCCUGGAGCUGAUCAGUGACAUGAGGACGUGCAUCGUGCCCGAGGCCUUCCUGCUCUUCUCCCGCCGCGCAGACAUUCGCCGAAUCUCUCUAGAGACCAAUAAUAACAACGUGGCCAUCCCGCUGACCGGGGUGAAGGAAGCGUCGGCGCUGGACUUCGAUGUGACCGACAACAGGAUUUACUGGACAGAUAUAAGCUUAAAGACGAUCAGUCGCGCCUUCAUGAACGGCAGCGCUCUAGAGCACGUGAUUCAGUUCGGGCUGGAUUACCCAGAAGGCAUGGCGGUGGACUGGUUGGGAAAGAACCUGUACUGGGCGGACACUGGCACCAAUCGGAUUGAGGUUUCCAAGCUGGAUGGGCUGCACCGGCAGAUACUGGUGUGGAAGGACCUGGACAGCCCGCGGGCGCUGGCGCUGGACCCUGCGGAGGGGUUUAUGUACUGGACGGAGUGGGGUGGGAAGCCGAAGAUAGACAGGGCGGCUAUGGAUGGCAGCGAGCGCAUCACCCUGGUGCCCAACGUGGGCCGCGCCAACGGCCUGACUAUUGACUAUGCCGAGAGGCGGCUGUACUGGACCGACUUCGAUACCAAUCUGAUCGAGUCCUCAAACAUGAUGGGGCAAGACCGUGAGGUCAUAGCUGACGACCUGCCGCACCCAUUCGGUCUUACCCAGUACCAGGACUUCAUCUACUGGACGGACUGGAGUCGCCGAAGCAUCGAGAGAGCCAACAAGACCAGCGGCCAGAACCGGACCGUCAUCCAGGGCCACCUGGACUACGUCAUGGACAUCCUGGUGUUUCACUCCUCCCGGCAGUCGGGCUGGAACGAAUGCGCGUCCAGCAAUGGCCACUGCUCCCACCUGUGUCUGGCCACCCCGGUGAGCGGCUACACGUGCAGCUGCCCCGUGCACUACUACCUGAACACCGACAACAAGACGUGCAGUGCGCCCAGCUCCUUCCUGCUCUUCAGUCAGAAAAACGCCAUCAACAGGAUGGUGAUCGACGAGCAGCAGAGCCCGGACAUCAUCCUCCCCAUCCACAACCUACGCAACGUGCGCGCCAUCGACUACGACCCUGUGGAGAAGCAUCUGUAUUGGAUAGACUCCCGGCAGAGCAUCCGCAGGUCGCUGGAAGACGGCAGCCAGAACGUGACCGUGGUGUCCAACACUAGCCCCAACCAGAACCUGGACAUGCAGCCGUACGACAUGAGCAUCGACAUCUACAGCCGCUUCAUCUACUGGACCUGCGAGGCGACCAACGUCAUCAACGUCACCCGCAUGGAUGGCCGAGCCGUCGGGAUAGUCCUGAAAGGAGAUCAGGACCGGCCCAGAGCCAUCCUGGUGAAUCCGGAGAGAGGGUACAUGUAUUUCACCAACUUACAGGACCGUUCGGCCAAGAUAGAGCGUGCCGCGCUGGACGGGACAGAACGCGAGGUCCUCUUCUUCACGGGGCUCAGUAAACCCAUCGCCCUCGCUCUGGAUAAUAAAAUGGGAAAGUUGUUCUGGGCAGAUUCAGACCUGAGACGGAUCGAGAGCAGCGACCUGUCUGGUGGGAACCGCAUCGUCCUGGAAGACUCCAACGUCCUGCAGCCGGUGGGACUCACCGUUUUUGGCAACCACCUUUAUUGGAUCGACCGACAGCAGCAGAUGAUCGAACGCAUCGAGAAAACGGGACGGGUGGGGCGCAUGAAAAUCCAGGCCAGAAUCCCCUUCCUGACGGACAUCCACGCGGUGACGGAGCUGAGCGUGAAGGAGUACAAGGAGCACCCCUGCGCCCAGGACAAUGGCGGCUGCUCCCACAUCUGUAUCGUGAAAGGAGACGGGACCACCCGCUGCUCCUGCCCUAUUCACCUGGUCCUCCUACAAAAUGAGCUGUCCUGCGGAGAACCCCCCACCUGCUCCCCGCAGCAGUUCACCUGUUACACCGGGGAGGUGGACUGUAUACCCGCCGAGUGGCGCUGUGACGGCUUCAUGGAGUGCGUGGACAACAGCGACGAGCAUAACUGCCCCAAGUGCUCCAGCGCCCAGUACCAGUGCGCCAGCGGGCAGUGCAUUGAGUCUUCCCGUAGGUGCGACGGCGAGAACCACUGCCAGGACAAGUCUGACGAGAAGAACUGCAACGAAAACUGCACCCCGGAACAGUUCCACUGCAGCAAUGGCCAAUGCAUCAGGAAGCACCAACGUUGCGACCACAGCCGGGACUGCAGCGAUAACUCCGACGAGCUGGGCUGCUAUCCCACAGAGGAGCCGCCUCCGCCCUCCACCAACACAAUCGGCUCCAUCAUCGGCGUCAUCCUCACCGUCUUCUCAGUGGGCGGGGUGUACUUCGUCUGCCAGAGGGUGCUAUGCCCCCGUAUGAAGGGCGACGGCGAAACCAUGGCCAACGACUAUGUGGUGCACGGGCCGGCUUCUGUGCCCCUGGGAUACGUGCCGCACCCCAGCUCGCUGACCAGCUCUUUGCCAGGAAUGUCACGUGGGAAAUCUGUCAUAAGCUCCCUGAGCAUCAUGGGUGGAAGCAGCGGGCCGCCGUAUGACCGCGCUCACGUCACCGGAGCCUCGUCCAGCAGCUCGUCCAGCACCAAAGGAACUUACUUCCCACCGAUCCUGAAUCCGCCUCCUUCCCCAGCCACAGAGCGAUCACAUUACACCAUGGAGUUUGGUUAUUCCUCCAACAGUCCGUCCACACACCGGUCAUACAGUUACAGGCCGUACAGCUACCGCCACUUCGCUCCUCCCACCACGCCGUGCAGCACGGACGUGUGCGACAGCGAUUACACCCCGAGCCACCGCCUCACGUCAGCCGCCACUGCCAAAGGUUACACCAGCGACCUGAACUACGACUCCGAGCCGGUGCCGCCUCCUCCGACGCCGCGCAGCCAGUACCUGUCCGCCGAGGAGAGCUGUCCGCCAUCUCCGUAUACAGAGCGCAGCUACUCCCAUCAUCUCUACCCACCGCCACCCUCACCAUGUACGGACUCUUCGUGAGCCUCGCACCUGUAUAUACACAAUCCCUGUGGAAGAGCUGACCUCGCGCCACUUUACGCUUUUUUUUUUAUUUUUUUUUUUAUUUCAUGUACAGAUUUUAUUUGUAAGAGGAACGGCCCCCCCCCCCCCCCCCAUCCCGCUACUUCUGAGGGGAUCGGGGGGAGGUAUUACGCCAUUGGACAGACUUUGUACAUAGAGAAAGAUAUUUAUAUAUUUUCUUAACUCGCCGUUAAAAAGCCGUAAAUGCAAAACGCGGCUCCUCGUCAGACGUCUAAGCUUUUUUUUUUUUUUUUUUGUAUAAAAGAUUUUCAUCCUCCCGUAUAUUGUACAAAUAUAUAAAUAUAUAGAAAUAUCUAUUUUUACAAAAACACACACAAUAUGCCUUAAACCGCGCGGCCGAGGAGGCGCAACGUGAUGAAAGGUGAGAAGAGGGGGAACUUUAAGGGUCUAUUCACACGUACAGUGUUCUGCGCAGGAUUUCAAGCAAAUCCUGCGCAUCAAAUCUACUGUACGUGUGAAUAGACCCGAAGACUGUGUUCACACACAAUUAAAAUAAAAACUUUUUUUUUUUUAUAACAUUUUUGCAGUAAAACUGUCCAUAGAACAAAUAAAAAAAAAGCCGGAAUUUAUUUAGUUUUUAUUUUUAUUUAUUUUUUUUUUCCUUUUAACGACUUUUUUUUAAACUUUUUCAACCUAUGCAGGUGUUAUCUUUGAGGGGAUUUUUUAUAUAUAUUUUAUUUUUUACGGCUGUAAAUCCUGACCUCAGUUAUUUUAUUUUUUUUUUAAACC